AUGGUGGGUGUACCAAUUGUGGGUGUACCGAUUGACUGGCUAUUCCUAAGAUUGAUUCUUAUUGGGUCAGGGCAUAACGUUUCAGAUUUCAGCCCCACCCGUGCAGGCGUUCGACAGAUAAAAAUCCCCACCCCCGAUUCGAGCGACCGCGCCUCCCACCGAUGGAUCCGCCGCCUCCCCGCCGCCGGCCCGCAUCCUCAGCCACGCCAUCCUCCGGCGCGUCGUCCUCCCCGCACCCUGGCCUGCCUCCUCUUCGCCGCGCCCUCUUCCCCGCGCCGUCGGAGUCCUCUGCGCGCGGUUCGCGGACGCCGAGGCGUAGGCCGCCGCGCUCCGGACCCAUGCCGGCCGGCUCGAGCGCACGCCGCCGACCGCGACCGGCUGCUCAACACGCUCCUCGCCGCCGCGGGAAACGGCCGGGAGGAGGAGAACGCGCGGGAGGCGAGGCAGCGUCAGAAUCAGCGUGCCUUGGAUCCGGCUGAGGCUUACGGCGACACGGACGCGGAGGCUCUGGCCACUGCCGCCGUGCUUCCUCCAGUCGUCACCUUCCCGGAUCUGUGGGACGAGGCCAAGGUGUACGUGUGCAACCUUCCCUACGACGUUAGCAGCGAGCGCCUCGUGCAGCUCUUCGAGCAGGACGGCGUCGUCGAGGUCACCGUGUCGAUAUAUGGUAUUGGUGACAGAAGGUGCAUCACGUGCUUGGGUAUUUUCCUCCGCACGAGCAGGGUGAACCCAAGGCCCCUCCUGUGAAUCCCAUUGCUUACAAUUUUUCAUGAUGAGAUCUUGGGAUUUAACAUUUUGUAUUCUUUUGGAGGAGAACAAGAUGCAGCUUGUAAUGACAACUUUAGUUGAAUAAACAGAAUAUAUCAACUGCAAGUUGAUGUAUAGAAAAGUCAAUCCUUGCAUAGAUUUUGUAUUAUAUAUAGUUAACUCAGUAUAGUUAACAUUUUUUCAUC